UAUACCUUUAUUUAUUCUUUGAACAAUUUUUAUAAAACUAAUUUAGUAAGUAUAUUUAAGUAAAACUAUUCACAAUAGUUAGUAGCGGCUUUGCACUAUCGAUAAUAACGCACGCUGCAAAGGUGAAACCUAUCGAGCAUUCUGAAGCAUCGAUACAUGUUUGCAAUAUCAACAACCCUAUCUAGUUGCAUUAUUCUUGGAGCAGAAAGCAGAAAAUUUUUGUGAAAACACCACGCAGCGAAAAAUGUAAAGUGCGCAAAUGUGAAAAGUAACAAAAAAAGAAGAAGCAAACUAUGAACUUGCAAUUUGUGUUCAGAUAGUUAAUAAGGAGUGCAUGUGCGCGUUUAUUGUUGAAAAACUACAUGCAAGUAACCAGCAGCCACAGCAUUCUGUGGCAGCGACUCGUCGUCCAGUAGCAGCGAGUAAAUUGUGGAGUCUCUCUGGCCACAUUGGUGCACUAGCGCCCGCAAAUGUAUGCGACAAACUAGUAGUGGGCAGCAGCAGCAGUCGUUGUCGUCUUUGUGAAGCAUCAAACGCAAAAAAGCAAAGGAAAUAAAUAAACGCCAAAACAACAGAGUGAGAAAAAAAACGUGCGUAAAAGUUAAUUAGCGGCCGCCAAGCAACGAGCAAACGCAGAAGCGAGUUGAGGAGCAACAGCAGCAGCUGCUGCUCUAUACAAAUCGACAAUCGACAUUAUUGUUGUUGUUAUUGUUGUUGCUGUUGUUGUUGUGGUUUUUGCACCCACCACACGUAACUAGAGCAGCAGCCACUAUACACAUACUCACACAGCCACACUAAAACACACUUACACAUACAGACUAACACACACAGACACAAUUACACACACACACACACACCCCUACGUAUAAACACUCCAGGCUAGACUUCGUAGUAGAUGCGUGCGUGCCACAACAAAAUUGGAAAUGAUUUGUCCAAAAGACGUCCUACAGUGGUUUAAGACUCUGGAGAGCUAUAAUCGCAUUGAUACCAUGUGUUCAUUGUUCGAGGCAUGCUUGCCGUUCGAGUUGCGGUUUCUGGGCACUUUUUUGGAGGAGCUCGGUCGAAGGGAUUCACCGGAAUUGCGGGGCAUGGAACUGCGUGCCAAUAAUCCACAGGAUCUGGCUGCCGAUAUGCACAAUUGCCAGAAGGGCGAGCCAACAGAUAAAAAGAUCCGCCGCAAGAUGGCGCUAUAUUUAGCGCUAAUACGUGCCUGCAAUCGUAAUUGUGUGACAGAAAUAUUUCGCACCCUCGAAUGUUGGGGCGAACGCGAUUUUGCCAGCAUUAACGAUCAGGAUACGUUCCUGGAGCUGUUGCUGGUUUAUACAAUGGCUGCCAAACAUCCUGUCUUCUCAUACCACCAGAACACAAAAUGCGGCGAGAUUCUGGCCAAGAUUAAGGAAAUCAAACGUAUGGCGGAAGAAACGGCGCAAAUCAUAAACCAACAGCAGCAACAGCCACAGCCACAGCCGUCGCAUCCACAGCAUUUGCUGCAUCAGCAGCAAACGCCACAGCCACAGCAGCCGCCACCGCCUUUCCAUCAUCCAGUGGUGCCAAUGAUGCAACCCCAGCAACCAGCGCCUAUACUGUAUCCACAGCCUUGGACCAAGAUUAUGCCCGGCACAGAAGUGGACGGCAUGCAACAUUUGAUGCAAUCCAACAUCACCAUUCCAACGGACUCAAAUGCCAUAGCUGCAGCGGCGGCGGCGGCAAGCGGUUGGUCCAUGCGUAACACAGUGCCCUGCGCAGUGUACACAGUGCCGCCGCCACAGCCACAGAGCCUGGAUCAUCAGGUGCCGCCACAAGCCAGCUCUCCCAUGUUAAGCAGCCAGCAGUCAUCGCCAUCGACCAGUCGCACCACCAGUCCACAGCGUGAGCGUGGCAGCAGUGCUCCACUGCUGCAGCAGCAGCAGCCACAACAACAGAUGCGCAGCUUGCCGCUGCGCUUGCCGAACAGCGUCAAGCAUUCGCGUCGGCCCUCUGUGGAGACAACGCCACCGCCAACGUCCACAUCCGUUGGCAGCGUAGACGCUAAUUUGACGUCACAGCAUGCCAAGCAUUUUGACGAGGGCAUCAGCGAAGGCGGCGGCAACCCGGUAGGCGCCAGCUUAUCUAGUAUUAUACGCAACGCAAGUUAUCCACGUGUGUCGCAUCAGCGUAUCAAUGCGAAUGCAUAUAUGCCCCCUCACCAGCAGCAGCAGCAGCAGCAGCACUUUAUCAAGGCGAACUCACUGGUCCACUCGAUGCAUAAUAUGCACAUAAAUGAUGAUGGCAGUGGCUCGACGCGAAUGAAUUCGAGCAAAAGUGCGGCAACUACAAGCAGCGAAUCGGGCUGCUCGAAUGGCUCUUGCGGCGAGACAACGCCACCGGAAACGCCUACGCCCACGAUGGCCAAUCAUACAGUGGGCAUCGGUUAUCAGCAAAAGCAUCAUCUUAGCAAUAAGCAGCAGUCUAGCCUACAGCAUCGUCUCAAUGGCCGCAAUGGUGUGGAGAAGAGCUAUCAGCAAAUCUAUGCGCCGAGCAAUCCCAGCGAGCAGCAGCAGCAGCAGCAACAGCAGCAGCAGCAGCAGCCGCUGCUCAUGAGUCCCUCUGCUGUUAAUACGCCACCAACACCAGUGCUGCUGCAGCCACAGCAACAGUCGCAGCAACAGCAGCAGCAACAGCAACCACAGCCACCGCCAGCAGCGACAGCGUAUAAUGCGCCAACAUAUCCAUAUCAUGCGGCAAGCGGACGUGGGCCGCAGCCAGCAUUGAUAAAGCCGCAUCAUCCGCCGCCGCCGCCACUCGCGCUGCACAAUUCCAUACGCGUUCAUUACCAGCCUAACGGUGACAUCAUCUUUCCGGGCUAUCAUCAUGGUUUGACGUAUCCUGUGCCCGUUACAGCACCGCCAGCUGGUGCACCCACAGCUGUAACGGCGGCGCAAUUGGUCCGCAAUACGGCGGCCGUUGUCAGCACGAAUUCAGUGACAGUGCAAACGCAAACGCCCGCCACACAGCAGCAGCAGCAGCAGCAGCAGCAAAUAUUAGCUGCAACAGUUGCGCCCACGCCGUAUGCGACGUUAGGUGUUUGCCCCAUAACUGGAGCGAACAGCGCUGUGGCACAGAAGAUCAUCUCCUGCUACAAUUGCGGCUCACAGACGCACAGCGGUCGCGACUGCCAGGAGGCGUCCAUGGAGGAUGUGACGCGCAGUGCCAACUACAAGCUGGACUUCAGUACGUCGAACAAUGCCAGCGGCAGCAUCGAUGGCGGCAACCCAGCCGAACACAAGGAUGUCGGCAGCAUCUUGAAGAAUGUGGCAGCGACAACGCCAACGGCAACUGCAGCAGCAGCAUUGACCAGCAUGGGCAAAUAAACCAUGUAUAAUACAAACACACAGAUAAAUAUAUAUAUUUAUAA